AUCAGAUCUGUACAAGACAGAAGCCUCCUCCACGGCUAUGAUGACCAGGGUCCCUGGGUUAUGUAGUUCUCAGCAGAAUGCAACAGCUGGACUGGGGAACCAGAGCCAGACAUGGUGGAUGGAUCUCCCAAGCUUUGCCGCCUGUUUUCAAAACACUGUUGCAGUUUGGAUCCCUUGCAUCUAUCUAUGGAUUUCUUUCCCCUUCUAUUAUCUUUACCUUCAGAAAAACCGCAGGGGGUAUAUCAGGAUGUCGGCUGUCUUCAAAGCAAAAAUGAUUCUUGGCUUUGCCUUGUUCUUGCUGUGUUUCUCCACCAUCUCCUACCUCCUUUGGAAAGCUAGCCAAGGGGUUUCACCAGCACCCGAGCUCAUAAUUAGCCCUACAAUUCAACUGGUCACCAUGGUCCUGGUGGUUUUUCUCACCCAGAUGGAACGGAUGAAAGGGGUCCAGUCCUCAGGUGUUUUGAUGGUCUUUUGGCUGCUGUCUCUUCUUUCUUCUAGUGUCUCCUCUGGCUUCAAAUUGCACCAAGCGAUGGAAGGAGGAUUCCAGGAACAGCCUUUCCAACAUCUGUCUUCAUACAUUUGCUUUGCUCUGAUUUUAUCGGAACUGGUGUUGUGCUGUUUUACAGACCCCGCACCUUUCUUUUCCAAAAUUAGCAACGACUCAAAUCCUUGUCCUGAAUCCGGAGCCUCUUUUGUUUCCAAAAUCACAUUCUGGUGGUUUGCUCGGCUGAUCUGGAAAGGCUACUGGAUUCCAUUACAGCCAGACAUGCUGUGGUCACUAGCAAAAGAGAACUCUUCUGAAGAAAUCAUGGACAAGGUCAAAGAUGCUUGGGAUAAAGGUUGUCCAAAAAGUGAACAAAUGACCAAAUUUGCGAGAUUUAAAAGAAGGCUAACCCAGAGAGAAAAUGCGGAUGAGACUAGCAUAUUGCUCCAACCGGAAGCUAUCAAGAGCAAAGAACUUCUAAAAACUUUCUGGACCGUGUUUGGAACUUAUUUUCUUCUGGCAACCCUCUGUUUGGUCACCUGUGAUGUCUUCUUGUUUUUGGUUCCAAAGACACUGAGUCUUUUCCUAGAUUUUAUCAAUGACCAAGAAGCUCCUCUUUGGAUAGGUUACUUCUAUGCUGCCGCAAUGUUCCUUUUGGCUUGUCUGCAGACGCUGUUUGAGCAGCGGUACAUGUAUAUGUGUUUCGUGCUUGGCAUGAGGUUAAAAACAGCCAUCACCGGCCUUGUUUAUCGGAAGAUCUUGGUCCUGUCCAAUGCAGCAAAAAAUUCGACAUCUGUAGGCGAGAUUGUCAACCUGGUAUCUGUUGACGUGCAGAAGCUGAUGGACUUAAUCAUUUAUUUUAAUGGGACCUGGCUUGCUCCUAUCCGGAUUGUCAUCUGCUUUGUCUUCCUUUGGCAGCUCCUCGGACCCCCUGCCUUGUCUGCUGUUAUCAUAUUUUUAGUUCUCUUACCUCUGAAUUUUGGGAUCAGCAAGAAGAGAAGCCAGCUCCAGGAAACGCAGAUAAAGUACAAGGACAGCCGUGCAAGGCUUACCAGCACCAUCCUCAGUGACAUGAAGGUCCUCAAACUUCAUGGCUGGGAGAAGAAGUUGAUGAGCAAAGUGCUGGGCAUCCGAACUCAAGAACUUCAAGCUCUCAAGACGUCCCAGUUCCUCUUCUCAGCUUCUCUUGCUUCUUUCCAGUCAUCUACUUUUCUGAUUUCAUUCAUCAUCUUUGCGGUCUACACGUUGUCAGAUAAGACAAAUGUCUUGGAUGCUAAGAAAGCUUUUGUUUCUCUUAGCUUGGUCAACAUUCUCAAUACUGCCCAUUCCUUCCUUCCAUUUUCCAUUAAUGCUGUUGUCCAGGCAAAAAUUUCCAUCCGUCGUUUGGCUACCUUUCUAUCUCUUGAAGAAUUAGAUCAAGCUCAGGUGGGCAUUGAGUCUUCAGACCGCAGUCCAAAUUGCAUCAUUGUCACGAAUGGAACUUUCAGCUGGUGUAGAGAAAGCGACCCUUGCCUGAAAAGGAUGAAUCUUACUGUACCUCAGGGCAGUCUGUGUGCCGUGGUGGGGCAAGUGGGAGCUGGGAAAUCCUCCCUGCUCUCAGCAUUACUUGGCGAACUGCAGAGGAUUGAAGGCUCUGUAGUAAUAAAGGGCACCACAGCGUUCGUUCCCCAGACGUCCUGGAUACAAAAUGCUUCCGUGGAAGACAAUGUCGUAUUUGGGAGAAAAAUGGAGAGGACGUGGUACAACCAGGUGGUCAAAGCCUGCGCCCUGCAGCCUGACAUAGACGGUUUUCCAGCAGGAAGCCGGACAGAAAUUGGAGAGAAGGGCAUCAAUCUUUCUGGAGGGCAGAAGCAGAGGCUCAGCCUGGCUCGUGCAGUUUAUAUGAAGGCCUCAGUUUACCUCUUGGAUGAUCCCCUCUCUGCUGUGGACGCUCCCGUUGGAUGGCACAUUUUCAAUCAUGUUCUUGGACCCAACGGCUUGUUGAAGGAAAAGACUCGCAUCCUGGUGACCAACACCAUCCACGUUCUACCCAUGGUGGACAACAUCAUUGUGAUGGUGAAUGGAGAAAUCUCCGAGAGGGGCUCUUGGCAAGAACUGAUACGAAAGCAAGGGGCAUUCGCAGACUUCUUGAGGUCCCAGAACCCUGAAGAAAAAGAAGAGCAGGAUUUGCAAAUGACUGCUGGUCAUCCCAAAGAUGAAGAAAACACGAAGAGGAUCUCCAUAACUCCCGUUGAAAUCCCUGGAAAGGAGCCCUUGGCCAAGACAGACAAUUACAAGCCAACCCAGGAAGAAGGAGAAAGACUGAUGGCAGAAGACAAGAAGCAGAAGCCUGGACAGGUAAAGAUUUCAGCAUUCCUGACUUACCUGAGAACAGCAGGGUCGCUCUUCUGGGUUUAUAUUGUACUGCUGUUUGCCUGCCAGCAAGUUUUCUCAUUCUGCCGUGGCUACUGGCUCAGCCUGUGGGCCAAUGACCCUGUUUCCAAUGGGACACAACCUCAUACCCAGCUCCGCGUGGGCAUCUUUUUUCUCCUAGGAGUCACGCAAGCCCUUGGGAAAUUUGGAUCGGUUGCUGCGGUGUUUUUGGCUGGGGUCGUGGCUUCCCGUAAGCUCUUCCAGCACCUCCUGUUGGAUGUUCUCCACUCUCCAAUGAUAUUCUUCGAGCAGACUCCCAGCGGUAACCUACUCAACCGUUUCUCCAAGGAGAUGGACGCAAUUGAUUCCAUCAUCCCAGAUAAGCUGAAAUCUUUGCUGGGCUUCCUGUUUAACCUUCUGGAGAUCUACGUUGUGAUUAUGGUGGCCACACCGAUGGUUUUGGCGGCUAUUUUGCCUCUGUCAGCUUUAUACGUUGCUUUUCAGGUCUUUUUUGUCACCACCUCCUGCCAACUGAAACGCUUGGAAGCCGGAAGCCGCUCACCCAUCUACUCCAACAUCUCGGAAACCUUUGAGGGGAGCAGCCUCAUUCGUGCAUUCGGAGCCCAGCAGCGUUUUAUUGUCCAGAACGAUGUCAAUGUAGACGAAAACCACAAGGUGUCCUUCCCUUCAGUGGUCGCUGACAGGUGGCUUGCCACUAACAUUGAGAUUCUGGGGAACACCAUUGUUCUCUUUGCAGCUUUACUCGCCGUGGUAUACAAAGCCCAUCUCAGUCCCGGCAUGGUGGGCUUUUCCAUCUCCUGGGCUCUUCAGAUCACUGGCGUUUUGAAUUGGAUGGUGCGUGCCUCAGCGGAACUUGAUAACCACAUCAUGUCUGUGGAAAGAGUGAGAGAUUAUUCACAGACCCCCAAAGAGGCUCCGUGGAGUUUGGAGAAUCAUUUCCAAGGUGCCAGUUGGCCCACUGAAGGAGCAAUUGAAUUCAGAGGCUAUAGCUUGCGAUACAGGCCAGAAUUAAGUCUAGCUCUGAAGAACAUCAACCUAAAGAUCAAACCACAAGAGAAGGUGGGCAUUGUUGGAAGAACAGGGGCUGGGAAAUCGUCCCUUGCCAUGGGCCUUCUGAGACUUGUGGAAGCUGCUGAUGGAGAGAUUGUGAUCGAUGGAAUCAACAUUGCCCAAAUGGGCUUGCACAACCUGAGAAGCAAGAUUACAAUUGUCCCACAGGACCCAGUCUUGUUUGGGGGUUCUUUGAGAGAGAACCUUGAUCCCUUGAAUCAACGCUCAGAUGAGGACAUCUGGUCUGCUUUGGAGCAGACCCAACUCAAGACCUUUGUUUCAGAUUUGCCCGGUCAGAUGGCCUAUGAGUGCUUCGAAGGCGGUGGAGAUCUCAGUGUUGGUCAACGGCAACUCAUCUGCCUGGCUCGGGGUUUACUUCAGAAAACCAAAAUCCUGAUUCUGGAUGAGGCCACUGCAGCUGUGGACCUUGAAACAGACCUGCAGAUUCAGGCUACCAUAAGGAGUCACUUCAAGGAGUGCACAGUUCUGACCAUCGCCCAUCGACUAAAUGCUAUGAUGGAAUUUGAUCGAAUUUUAGUGAUGGAAAAUGGACAAGUGGCCGAAUUUGAUACCCCAGAAGCCCUGACGGUCCAGAAGGGACUAUUCUACAAAAUGGCGGCAGACUCAGGGCUGGUGAGGUGACCGAGUUGGAAGAAGAAACAGACCGCCUGGCUGCUUUGUUUGAAAAAGGACCUUUUCUUAAUUUUCUGGCUGUGAGCAGGGAGAGCUCAAUGCUUGGCUUGGGAAACGGCUGAUGCUUUCUCUUGCUGUGCAAGUGAGGAGCAGAUGGAGAAUAGAAGCCCAAAUCUUCCCGGCUUAAUUUCAGCAUGAUACUUUGCUGUACCGCAGCGCUGAAGCCAGCAUGCAUGAACCAUGAUCCGUGCUGCGAGCUGCACCACACCUAGCUCGAGCAGAUGUUGUCCCUGCCAGCCGAAAACACUGCACAGAUGGUUGCCAGGACGCAUUGCAACAGCCUGUAUUUUGGUGUGAUCGUGUCAAAGAUGUCGCCCAUUUACUCAUAAUCUCUUUCGCUGCUCCCGCUGCUUUCGUCCCCAGUGUAAAGCAACGCAAUUGCAGAAAUGGUACUUGCUAAACUGAUACGCAAAGCCAAUUAUUUGUAUCUUGCUGGAGACUGGUUGAAAUAUCCGAACAUCAGAAUGACAGAGUUGGAAGGGAACCUUGGAGGUCUUCUAGUC